AUGGCAAACAGGCAAACAAGGAACGACUCGCAGUAUAGCGGGAUAACGACAAGAGUGGGGAAUCAGGGCUGUAUCAAGCUCGCGAGCCAACCUGAUCCACCCCAUUCGCCAGUAUUACGCGCCGGCGAGCGGAUCUUUUUUUUCGUGAUCUCCUCUGGAUUAUAUCCCCGCGCAAGGGUUAUCGAAUUUCGUCACAAAUUUCUAGGAAGGGAGAGGCUUUUGUUCGAGAAUUCAUACCAUUCCUACGGUCCUGCUCCGACAAGCCGCCAAGGUGCGUGCGCACCCGCUGAGACAUCUUCGCGCCGCUUCCAACAACUGAAGGGGAGAUAUUCCAACUUCCGAACAUCCCCAUUAAUUAUCUGGGUCAUGGAAACUGCGUUUUGAAUCCGCGAUUUUUGUUGGAAACAAUUCAGCUGCUGGUGAAAAUGUCGCAUUGUCGUGAAAAAUGAGCUCAGUGCGCGAAAUACCUCCAUUUGUAGAAAAUUAGAAAUGCUCCUUGAAAAAAUUAUAUUUGUGGACUCUUCCAAUAACCAGACUCCUUCCUCACUCGCUUUAUCGAUGAACAGGACUGGCUCUUUGGUGAGAGAGCUGCGCGUUGAUUGGUGCAAUUGCCUGUCGAAACCCACUUUAGUGUUGGUGUUCGUGUGGUGCUCGUUUUGAGACGUAAAAUAUCUCAAUAUUCGUUUGUAACGCAAGUGAUUUUACCUUAUGUGUAUUCGGGCUGUAAAAUCGGUCGAAAUAAUUAAAAUUCGUGUAAUAGGCAAAUUUAUUUUCACUUGAAUUAGUAUCAGUUCCGACAAAUAAUUAAUUGGCGAAUAUUUUGCAAAAGCAGAUAAUCGGUUUCAACAUUUGACAAAAAAGGGAGUCACUCAUCCAUUUACAUACUAAAUUUUUUUUCCUAGGAGGGAAGUGAUUUUUUUUCUCUCUCUCAUAAUUUAUUUUCUUAUGUUGUCAUUGGAAUUUUAUUUUAUUUAUUCUCCUAUUUUGUGGAAAGGGGAAAAGUGAAAUUUUAAUUUCAUGGACAAUGCUGAAAAGCUGUUUCGCUAAAUGGAAUAGUCCACCGCCCCUACUUUUAUUCCCCCUUUAACUCCCACUCCAAUUUUCGCCCCCUAUAGGACGCAUUAGGAAACGUCAUUUUUUCCCCUUAUUUCCCCUCUUGAGCUCCCAUCCUUGGCGACAGUGAUGUCAAAAUCUUCCUUUAUUUAUGCGCGCAAGCGCAGUGUUCUGCUAUAUAUGCUAGAAUAAAACUUUUUGUUGAACAAAAAAAAAAUAAAA